CUUCAUCAAAAUAAAAACGCCGCUCAGUGCGAUUUAUUUUUUGUUCCAAUGUUAUAACUGGACCCAGUCGGAUGCCUCGUAGAUAGAUCUGCGUCUGACAACUCCCAUUGAAAUGGAUUGUCUAGUAUUUCCGAUCCUUGUUGUGUUGCUAUCGGUUACCGCUCACUCAUCGCCAAGUUGUGCUGCAGAAACCACUCCGACAACACAAGCUUUCCCUUCCGACACCUACAACGGUUUCGGGUGCGGCAGCAUGGGCCGACUUGUCCUGCCGAGGUGCAGCCCGCAGUGGGAGCAGUGCGGCUGCAGCAAACGAGCCUUCAAUGUCAGCACCAUUUGGACCGACUUAACAGCGUUGCGGCUAGGGGAGAUGGACCUGGGUGGCCACUGCGGCGCCAGCUGUUUGCUGAGCGACUUCGUCCCGAUACCUUUUCGGCCCCGUUUGACCAACGUGGAGCUCUUCAAUAUCUGGGUGGCGCCGGAUGAUGGGCCCUUUCCCGUUGGCCAGUUUCUGGUUAAUAUCAAAGGGAUACUGCGAGGUCUCCGGCUGGUGGACAUCCAUCUGCCCACGGUGACCCGGGCGACCUUUGAAGGCUUUGCGCAUCUGGACAAGCUGGAACUGCAGCGCAACCGGAUGUCGCUCAUUACUCUCGACGCGUUUGAGUCUUUAACGCUAGGGAAGGAGGGUGCGGUCACGCCCACCUUGAGCCAAUUCCAUAGUGAAGGAAACUCCUUAGCCAAAUUUGAUUGGUCGGUGUUCAAACCGGUGGCGACAAGCCUGACGGAAGUCUUCUUAAGGAUAAAUGAAAUCACAGAUAUCUACGUCAGUGAGUAUUUCACGAUGCCCGCCGUGGAAUGGGUGGAUCUGUCUGGAAACAAUCUGACGCGCAUCGACGACAUUCUGCUGGCCAGUGUGUCCACUGCGGAAGUGCGACCUUUUCUGCGAUUGGGUGUCAACCGCUUCUGCGCCAGCGACGUGGAGUGCGGGUGUUCCGCCUUGGACAAUCUGUGGAGCUUCUUUCAGAAGGCACCGCGCAACAAGUUGUGCUGGAGCUGCGCCUACUUCCACGCGUCGGACUGGUUGACGUGUGGCAAUUACACCAUUCGGUCCGAGUCCCCGGAUUUCUGGUCAAGAUUCCCUCCCUUGUCCGACCAGAAAGACGGACGAGACUACUUUUCUGAAGUGGACAGUCUGACGCGGACCCGCCUCAAAAAUAUCAAGGCCGACAACGGCCGACGUGCCGAAAAAUUAUUCGCUCAUCAAAACAAAUCCAGAAACAGUACAAAAUCAACCAAGAUAUCUUUCCAAUAGCCCUAAUAGAGUAUAUGAUGUUGCUAAGUGCACAGGUUACGAGUUGUGGUGUGUAAUAAUAUUUAUGUUUGAAUUUAGUGCAAAAACCACCUGGUUACUAGAACCUGUAACUCUGAGCUGCUCCUGUAUUAUUUUGUGCAUAAAUAUAUGACAUCUAUAUAUACGACAUAUAUCAGUAAACUGAGCCUGAGCUCUU